CGCACUGACUGUGUGGCGAGGGGGGUCAGGAAGCCUCAGUCUGCACUGGAGAGGACAUGCUGGAGAGUUGCUGCUCACUCACUCCAGCCUUGGGAGGGAAUCGUGUGCCUGGUGUUGCCAGGGAGCGGUAGGAGAGGGAGAGGGAGAAAGUUGGAUCAGUUAUUUCCACUCCAGCGGCGUUCUCCUUCCCUGCCUUGAAGAUCGAAUGAGUAUUUUGCCCCGAGAAAAAUGGCGAGCUUUGCAAGCGGCGUUUGCAGAGCUUUGUUGCUCCUCGGCGUCUUCUUCUGCUCACUCACUUUUGGCCAAGUGAGAGAGGACAAAGACCACGACAAGGCAUCCUGUCACGGAGCUUUCGACCUGUACUUUAUUUUAGAUAAGUCUGGAAGUGUUAUGAACCAUUGGAUUGAAAUAUAUUCUUUUGUUGAACUUCUGGCUGAGAAAUAUUUGAGUCCUCAGUUAAGAAUGUCUUUUAUUGUGUUCUCCACAAGAAGUACAACCUUAAUGAGUUUAACAGCAAAUCGAGAAGCCAUACGAGAAGGUCUUCAAACCCUUCGGAAUGUUGUGCCUGGAGGAGAUACAUUCAUGCACGAGGGCUUCAGAAAGGCAACUGAACAGAUUCACCAUGAAAACAGUUUAGGGUUUCGAGCUGCUAGUGUCAUCAUUGCAUUGACAGAUGGGGAAUUAAUUGAUCGUUUGUAUGAUCUUGCACAACGGGAAGCUGAUAGGGCCAGAAGUUAUGGAGCUACAAUUUAUUGCGUUGGUGUGAAAGAUUUCAAUGAAACACAGUUGGCGAAGAUAGCUGACAGCAUUGAUCAUGUUUUCCCAGUGAAAGGUGGAUUUCAAGCAUUAGGAAGUGUAAUUGAUUCGAUUCUUAAGAAAUCUUGCAUUGAAAUUCUGGCGGCUGAACCAUCACAUGUCUGUGCAGGAGAAUCAUAUCAAGUUGUGGUAAGAGGUAAUGGAUUUUCUCGUGCACGGAAUGCUGAUCAAGUUCUUUGUAGCUUCAAGAUAAAUGACACCGAAAUAAUAACGGAAAAGCCUCUUGUUGUGGAAGAUAAUUACUUACUCUGCACUGCUCCUGUGAUAGAUGAAGUUGGAAUGGUUGUUUACCUUCAAGUAAGCAUGAAUGAGGGGUUAACAUUUAUAUCCAGCUCUGUCAGUAUCACCAGCACACAUUGUUCUGAUGGAACAGUCCUUUUAAUUGCUCUGUUAGUUUUGUUCCUGCUGUUGGCAUUGAUCUUGCUGUGGUGGUUUUGGCCUUUGUGCUGUACUGUGGUGAUUAAAGAGCCACCACCUCCACCACCCUAUGAGGAGGAGUCUGACGACGAAGCCAUGGCAAGGAAAAAGUGGCCAACAGUUGAUGCAUCGUAUUAUGGAGGAAGGGGAGUAGGCGGCAUUAAACGGAUGGAGGUACGCUGGGGAGAUAAAGGCUCAACUGAAGAAGGUGCAAAAUUAGAAAAGCCCAAAAAUGCAAUCAUCAAGAUGCCAGAUCAAGAGUUUGAACCAUUGGAUCCUAGGCCCUGCAAGCCCCGAAGGCCACCACCAGAGCAAAGAAAAUGGUAUACACCAGUUAAGGGAAAAUUGGAUGCCUUGUGGGCUCUUUUUCGCAGAGGUUAUGAUCAAGUAUCUCUGAUGAGGCCACAACCUGGGGAUCAGGGUCGCUGCAUAAACUUCACUAGAGUGAAAGAAAAUGAGACACCAUCUCGUCCAUGCAAUGCUCCCGCAUCUCGCAUGCCUAACAAUGAAUAUAUUCCUUUAACCCGUGAACUUCCCAGGCCUCCUGCUUCAUCAGCCAGGUCAUGUGUGAGGAGUCCACCUCCUGGACCACCACCAUCUCGAGCACCCCCUCCUUCACGACCUCCCCCACGCCCUGCGGUAAGAACCUGACCUCCCCAGCAUUGAUGUUGGAUUUUUAAAAAACACACUCUGAAGAAGAAAGGAAAGACAAGGCCAAACAGAGAAUACUACUGGACUUCAAAUAUUUAUUAAAUUUAUGGGUUUCCUUAAAAGGGUAAAAUCUGUUGCUGUGCAGCACAUUUCCAUUUGGAUAACCAAAAUCAGUGGAACCUCCUUUUGGAGUUGGAGAUGAUAUUAUGUCUACCUAAUGUACAAGCCAUAUGUUUGAAUUCUGCUUAAUUAUAAGAUUGACUUCAAGUUUUAGUAAACUCUGUCUUUUUAUCUCUUAAACGUUCAUAGAUCAGAAUUCGCAUUGUUACUAAAGGAUAAACAUAAUGUUAAAUAUCUAUGUAAAAACAUCACUAACAUCUACUUUAGGUGCUCAAGUAUGCCUUCUGUUGAUGUUGGUAAUAAUUGUUUUGUUUAUCAUUGGAAGAAGAAAGGAAAGACAAGGCCAUCAGAGUCACUCUCAGAACUUGCAUCCAAAAUGGAGCAAUUUCCAAAUGAUUUCACCAAUGUCAGAUUAUGUUCGAAUGUCCAUAUUAUGUCAAAAAUAAAUGUGGACAUUAACCAAGUUCUGCAGCAUACAUUCUUCCUUUAAAUAUGAAAUGAAUACCUCAACUCAUUUAACUAUCAUUCAUGCAAAUUUGGCACAAUAUAUUUAAGAAACAGCAAAUGGGAAAACUUUUAAACUUUUAAUGUUGCCCGCAGUGAUGCCAUGAAAAAAAAUCCAGUUAAAGACACAAAUACAGAGUAGAUUUCAAUGAGCAUUUUUAAAUUUUACUUUUUAAAAGGCUCCAAAAUUUUCAGUGAAACACUGGAUCUUUGUUUCUUUCUGAACCUGGUCAUAAUUUUUUUUAAAAAUCCUCUGAGCAAGUGGUGAUAAAGGAAGCAAGGCCAGGAUAAUGGGCAGAGAUGGGUUCGGUGAAUAGUUGUAAAAGAUGGAGUCUUGGAGAUAAUGUACUUAGGCACAUAGCUCAAAAUCAAAAUUCCAUGAUCUGUUAUUGAUCCCAUUAUUAUGCAUGUCUCUGGGCACAAGUAUGCAGGAAAUUCAAAAUCAAAAUUUCUGUUCCAGAAUAGUAUUUCCAAAGAUUCAAUUCAAUGAUUUCAUUAAGAGUUCUUCAUACUUCAGAGUGCAAGAUGAUUUUUGACAACCAAACCUAGAUUCUAGGUUUAAUUUUUUUGAUAUUUAAAGAAAAAUGUUCUGACAAAAUGAAACCACUGCAAGGAAAGACACUCUCAUACAUAAUGAAUUUAAUGAAAGCCAAAGGCUAGUUGACCUGUGAGAGACUCUUUAUAAGUUGCUAGUUGACUCUGUUUGACAAUGAUUGACCCUGUAAUUGAUUAAUUCGCAGAACUUUGAGCUCUGAUUUCAGUCAUACUUGAAUUCCUUUGUACACAGUUAGUGACCCUAAACUGUGCUCUACCUAUAACAAUAGUCCUAAUUUAGGCAUCACUCUCACUAGCCUUGAAUUUUAAACUGUUACAGAGGGACUUUGUUGAGUUGUGUGCAGGUUGUGACCCAAGUUAUUCUGUUCUUUAAACAUGUAUAGUUGAACUUGCUCUUCUUAUACAAUUUAUUAGCUAGCUACCAAACAGCAGGAUGUUCUUUAUGCCAAGUUCUACAUAAUAGUUUAAACUGCAAAUAAAAGCUCACAGAAAACUUUUCUAACAGUUGAAUUCGGUUUUGGAAAUGCUUGCCAGCUGGAUGUUAAGCACUUUAUAGUCAUUUCAGUGUAAAUACUAUGAGGCCAGACCCUUUUCCAGACCACACCAAAUUGCAUAAUUCUGGUUAUCCACUUUAUUCCUUACAAAUUAGAUCGUAGUUUUGCUUCAGGCACAGGUAUAUUUUGGUGAUACGUAACAAUGGCUUCUGUAGUGUUUUAAAAUCAGAUGUGAUACAUGAAUCACAUACUGGUAAAGAAAAUAUUGUAAGGUUUUGUGAUAUUAGAAAAACAAAAAAAAAAUCAUGUUUUACUGCAGGACAGUUAAAUGUAUUAAUUUACUAUACUGUGGUCUAGGUGUAGGUACUUAAAUCUGAGUAAAGGUGGCCACUAAAUUUUCAAGAUGCUCAAUGCAGGCAGGAGUAAAUAAAAAAGCAAGCAUCAUUGCGCUUGAUUAGUAUAUUGAUAUUUUGCUUUAUUAACAUUUAAUAGCUAACAACUAUAAUUAACUCCCUAUUAUUAAUUAACCAUUAAUGACUUGUAACCUUGUUUGUCUUUCACUAACUGAAUUUUCACUUAAGGAAUAAUUUAGUGAACAGGCUACGUAAUCAUGAAUUGAAUUGCAGCUCUUGAAAAGCAAAAUGAAAUGCAAUGACAUUGAUAUGGCUGCACAAUGUAACAGAAUCAUUAUGACAAAAACAGGGAUUCACUAUUAAUUUGUCUAAUCUAUACCUUAACCUCUAGAUUAAUACCAUUUCUAAAGGGGUUAAAGUAACCACAACACUUUAGUGUUUAUUAAAGGGAUCAAGGGUUGCAGGGAGAAGACGAGAGAGGGAAGCUGAGAAACGUAUCAGCCAUGAUCGAAUGGUGGAGCAGACUCAAUGGGCCGAAUGGCCUAAUUCUGCUGCUGUCAUUGAUGGUUUUCUAACACUUUUAUUUGUGUUGCAGCAAAGACCAUCAGUUAAGUUUGGUGCAAAUUUGUAACACAAAUUUGACCAAUCCACACUGCCAUACAUCAAUCUUGUGCAAGAUUGCAUUGGAUUCUUGAAAGGUGUUAAUGAAUAGUGAGUGCCUUUACCACUGAGGGUUGCUUUUGGAAAUAAUUCACAAAAGUAUUAAAUGAUAUUGCCUAACAGUAAUUUAUGCACCUUCAUUAAAACCUAAAUCUUCUGUCAAAACUUAAAUUGAACAACCACACUAUCAAUAAUUUCUGGAAAAGAAAGAUACUACACACUGCUAUAGGGAGGAUAUUGUGAAACUUGAAAGGGUUCAGAAAAGAUUUACAAGGAUGUUGCCAGGGUUAGAGGGUUUGAGCUACAAGGGGAGGCUGAUAGGCUGGGGCUAUUUUCCCUGGAGCAUCGGAGUGACCUUCAAAAAAUUGAUAAAGUCAUGAGGGGCAUGGAUAGGGUCAAUAGACAAGGUGUUUUUCCAUGGGGUGAGAGAGUCCAGAACUAAAGGGCAUAGGUUUAGGGUGAUAGGGGAAAGAUUUAAAAGAGACCUAAUGGACAACGUUUUCACGCAGAGGGUGGUACGUGUAUGGAAUGAGCUGCCAGAGGAAGUGGUGGAGGCUGGUACAAUUACAGCAUUUAAAAGGCAUCUGGACAGGUAUAUGAAUAGGAAGGGUUUAGAGGGAUAUGGGCCAAAUGCUGGCAAAUGGGACUAGAUUAAUUUGGAAUAUCUGGUCAGCAUGGACAUGUUGGGCUGAAGGGUCAGUUUCUAUGCUGUACUAUGACUCUGAGUAAUAGAGAACAAACCCUAAUUUUGCCCUACACUUAUCAAUUCUAUUCAAUUGUCUGUGUGAUUUUUUUUUGGAACUUCUUAAAAGAUGUACCUACAAUAAGUACCUAUUUGACAAACGACUACUUUUCAGUUUUUAACAUUUGUUAUGUUUUCUUGAGUUUGAAAUUAGAGUUUUUUCAAUGGUGACAGAAUUGCUACUUUGGAAUCAGAAAUAAAAAAAGUUAAAUUGCCUUAACACACACUCAGCUUAUCAUAAAGUAGCAUGUUCUAUUUUUUAUUUAUCAAUAAUGUAGAUAUUCCAUGAAAACAAAGGGUUAAAACAACUAGUAAAACUAGAAAAUGUUAGAAAGAUACAAUUUAGACAGCUUCAGAAAGGAAAAAUAUAUAAAUAUCUUGGGUAGGAGCUUUCAAUUGAUGAUCUAGUAUAUCUUCAAGGAUUUUCAUUUGUUUUAAAAAAACAUAUCGAGUUGUUUUAAAAUUGAAAAAUUGAUCAUUUCAACAAUGUGGUCACAUUUGUGGUACAGAUGACGUUAGGAUGCGUAGAACCUGUGAUUACAAAUGUGUCAAACAUAAUUACAAAUUUGAUAUUUUUUCUGCAUAUUUGAGGAUCCUCACUAAUAAACUCUAAAUUAUUGUGUGCGUACAUAUAACAACUGGACGGUGGAGUUUGAGUUGCUUUUGGCAGCAUACACUUGUACAUGUUGUAGGCUGGAGCUGUUGGAGAUGUUAAUAGAGCUUUCAAAGUUUUAACCAUCAUAUAGCUAAUCAGGAGUCUCUCCUACCUUUGCCACCUGCUACUGGUGUGUAUUGGAAGGAAUCCCAGGUUGAUAUUCAACUUGUUCAUCUGCGUUAUGAAUACAUUUCCAUAACCACCAAAUCCUGGGAUGGGGUUCAAACCUGGAGCUUCAGGCUCAUAGGUAGGGGUGCUAUUCACUGUACUACAAGAUCCCCUGUGUCAUAUCUAUUACCAGUGUACAAAACAACUUCUUUUACUAAAAUGCCAAAAUUAUAUUUCUCUACUUAUUUUCCAAUCUGUACUCAUGAGCAUUGACAUCAAACUGUUAUUAAUGUUGUGCAUCUGUGUUUUUCUUUUGUCUGUAAUGUUAAUAUCACUAAUAAACUACAAUUCUUUUAUGUAUAA